ACUGUUUUUUGUCGAAAUUCAAACUUGAUCUAUGAGGACAAAAAAUUUAAAUAAAAAUGUCUAAAAAAAAAUAUAGUUUCAAUUAGGUAGCGUCGUAGAUAUAUCUCAAGGUUAGUACAAUUUUUUUUAGUUCAUUACAAUACUUAACCGUCAUAAAUGUAUAACAAUAUAUUAGAUAUAAAAACUCUUGUUUUACAAUGCGGUAGUCGAUUAUUGAUGUUAUAAUCAAUUAUCAAAAUCAUCUUUUUGUGCUCCCCAGUGCUCCUUAUUAUUGCUGUCAUCUAAAAAUUGUGGAUUGUGAGGUUAGAAUUUAGAAUUAAAAGUUUUUCAUAAAUUCAAAACAGAAAAAUACAUGAAUCUGAUAGUCUUCUGAUUGAUACAAAUAAUAAAAUGGCGCUUUCAAUUCGUGCCUUAACUUUUAGACCAACACAGGUUAUUAGCAGACUGUAUAACAAAAUAGUUAUAACUGACGAUGGAUCCACUAUAGUUGCUCUUCAUAGAGAUGAAGGAUUCCCGUACGAGUAUUCACGACCUCUGCCAGAAGAAAAAAAGGAUGAUAACUCUGUUCUAAGGAUGACUGACAUUCAAGAAGUUAAGAGAGUGUUUAAAGAUAUGAAACCAGAAAUUGCAAGAAAACAAUUAUCUUCCAUUACAUUAACUACAGAACACCGCUGGUUCCCUAGAGCUCGCGACAAGAAGGCAAAGAAAACGCCAAUGAACAGACCUUAUUUGUAAAUAUAAUCUAAUAAUAGUAUUAAUAUAUAGAAUUUAGUGUAUUAAAAAUUUGAUUCAUAAUA